CUUCACUUCAUUAAACAUGCAGUGGUCCAUAGCCUGAUCAAAUCGAGUAGGCGCGUUAUACCACAAGCAUGCUAUAUACAUAAUUAACUGUCUAGUUAUAAAAUCAUAUUCGUUAAAUAGUGCAUCAGCUUAAUCUGAUCAUUCUUGAAAUGAAGAAACAUUUUGGUAUUGCAAGGGGAAGAAUAAUAAGGGUGAGUCUCAACUAUUUUAAUAAACGAAUGGGUACUUUAUAUAGCCUGAAGGAUUUUACUGAAAGAAGUCAAUGCUGAUUAUAUCGUAUGUGUGCAAUCAUCUGGGGAUCUUAAUGUAACCAGUUGAGUGAUAUACUUUGUGAAUUUAAAGGCUUUCAGCCCUGAAAAUAAACUAAAUAAAUGUUAACAAAAAAAUAGAAAAAUAUGUCACAAAAAUAUCUAUGCAAAAAACAAACAAACAAACAAAAAAAACACGUUAUUUUCUACUGUUUACCUACAUAAAUAUGUAAACAAGAAGGCCUACAUACAUACACAGGCAUACGUGUGUGCAUAUGAAUACACAGGCCUACACUGAGGAAAGUGGACAGUUUACACAAACAAAUUAAAAUACACGCCUAUAUACGAAAAUGGUCAAUUAUAAUUGUGUUAAAUGUCGAACUGGCAUUAAUUAACGGCAUAAACCUAAGUAAUAAGUGUUUGUGUUUUUAGCCUAAUUUAAUUCUAAGUGCUGUUUUUGUUUUUGUUUUUUUCAUUGGCGCCUAUAUAUUCUGGGACUCAUCCCCAAGCCUACUUCAUAAGUGUACAGCAAGUCUUUCCCCCGGAGCAUGAGGAGGUGGUGAUCCUGCGGCAGUCUCUGGUGUUCUUGCACUUUCUUGGAGAUUGAGCAGACCAGAGCUGCCCUUCCAGCCUCUCAAUUUCAUUUCAUUUACUUCCUGCCUCGUUGCAAACUUCAUCCCAACAGGAAAAGUGGAAGGAAGAAUUUUACAAACUCCUCUAAACAGUCACUCGAAACAGCCCCCCUCUUUCUCAGUCUGCUAUCACAUCCAAGCAGUUUACUCUUGCGCUUUCCUUGUUAAACAUCGAAAGUGUCUGGAAAACUAACAGUUCCAAAAAUAAAAAAAAAUAAAAAACUAACAACAAAACAAAAACAUCAUAUCUGCUGGUGCUGCAGAAACAGAACCCAGAGGACUACCUACCUACCUUUUUCAGCGCUGCUUUCUUCACUUAAACAAAACGUUCACCUUCGUAGCGGAUUUAUCCAUUGCACUCGGAGAAACGUUGGGAUAAACGUUGCCUCAGUCCCAGACAGGCGUUUUUAGGAUAAUUUUUUCAUGUAUUGGAAAAAUGAAGCUUUGGCCCCUUUACCAGCGGGAAAUACAUUUGUAUCGGAAGGAAUUCCAGUUAAACAGGUGAUUUCUGAAGACAAUCACAACAAGCAAGCAACACCGCGCUGUUUGGAAAGCAGGCAUUCACAGAUAAUGUCUCACUCGGAUGGUGAAUCUCAUAGAUCCAAUAUGGAUAAGGAGGACGCUCGAUCUUCGACUCCAUCGCCUCGAUCAUCGACUCCAUCAGUUUGUUCUCCGCCUUCCUCCUCUUCCUCCAUACCUUCUACGGGGAAGAACGUUUGUGCCAGCUGCGGGCUGGAGAUCGUGGACAGAUAUCUACUGAAGGUGAAUAAUUUAAUCUGGCACGUGCGGUGUCUGGAGUGUUCAGUUUGUAGAGCUUCACUGCGGCAGCACAGCAGCUGUUACAUCAAAAAUAAAGAAAUCUUCUGUAAAAUGGAUUAUUUCAGUCGAUUUGGUACAAAAUGUGCCCGGUGUGGCCGGCAGAUCUAUGCCAGUGACUGGGUGCGGAGAGCCAGGGGCAAUGCCUACCACCUGGCGUGCUUUGCCUGCUUCUCCUGCAAGCGGCAGCUGUCCACGGGAGAGGAGUUUGGACUGGUGGAAGAGAAGGUGCUGUGCAGAAUCCACUACGACACCAUGGUCGAAAACCUGAAACGGGCAGCGGAGAGUGGAAGUGGAAUAACUUUAGAAGGAGCUGUUCCGUCAGAGCAGGACAGUCAACCGAAACCAGCAAAGAGAGCACGCACUUCAUUCACAGCAGAACAGCUACAGGUAAUGCAAGCCCAGUUUUCACAAGACAACAACCCAGAUGCACAAACACUUCAGAAACUUGCAGACAUGACAGGACUAAGCAGGAGAGUAAUACAGGUUUGGUUUCAAAACUGCAGAGCAAGACAUAAAAAGCAUACCCCCCAGCACAGCGGGCCUCCACAAGGGACCCCCCAGUCCAGGAUGCCCCCUUCCCUCCCAGAGGAGAUUCAUUACUCCCCUUUCGGCAGUCCUGAUAGGGCCCGCAUGGUAGCUCUGCACGGAUACAUCGAGAGCCAUCCAUUCUCAGUGUUGACAACACAGACUAUUCCUCACCCUCAUCAAGCCAUGGCACUAGCACAAUUACCACUGAGCCGCUAGUGUAUUCACACAGACUGUUCCACUACAUCUUUAAAGAGGAGGCAACACUUUGAGCUGUGUCUCCUAAGCCGGGCCACGCUUGAUCUGUGUAUCGGACCUGCUACAGUGAUUUACAUUUCUCAUGAUGCAAGCCUCACAUCCCACAUACUGAGAUGUAUUUGCUUCAGAAGAACAACAUGGAAAAUAAAUAAUCCCGCUGACGCCUGCAUUGGGGACUUACUUUUAAGAAAUGAUGCAGUCACAAAAAAUCAAGUUUUCUUGGAGAGCAAAGCCUUUGUGAAUUUUGGAGUAUUUUUCUUUUAUUUUUGAACACCCUUUCCAGUAAGAGGGUGGACCAAAGCCACUGUGCUUUGUUGUGUUCUUUUAGUUUUUCCUUGCUUGUUCCCAAAAAAGUUGUUGGUCUUGGAGAAAUGUUUGCUGCAUAUUUUACUGUUUGUUAAUGUCAAGGUUUUGAGUUGCAACUAAGACAAAACUAAGAUUUACUCAGCCAGCAUCACUCUGUUACAUACGUCACCUAACUCAGACAGGUAAGGUUUGAAGCCUUUUUUAAAUUAGGAAAGGUUUUGAACUUCUUUGUGUUCAUGUUUUCCCUUAAAAAGCAUCUCAGCACAGGUAUGAAAUAUCACAGUUUUCUUAUUGUAUUGUUGUUAUUGUUUAGAUUGACUUUGUAUAUCAUUAUGGUGACUUUUUAGAACUCAGUUUAAAGCAUCACAGUGGUCUAACUACAGCUGGUACACCAGAGUGUAACCAUUAACCCGUCCCCCUGCAACCCUGCCCCGAGUGAAUGUAAGAAAUACCACAUUUUAUUAUAUUUCUUACAUUCCUCUGCGGCAGAGCAGAGCUGGCAUACAGGGCCAGAUUUGAGAGCGGGUUGAGAGCUGACUUGAGGCCACAGGGGUGCUUUAAAUGUGUGGUGACUGAAUCAGAAAAUUCUAUACAAACCAACUCUAAACAACAAGAGGAACGCAUUAGUCAAAGAGUAAGUAGCUUGACAUUACAUGUUGGCUAGAUCAUCCAAAGUGUGCCAGCACCAUUCAGUGAACAGCACUGUAGUGCCAGAAAAACAGAAAGGAACUUCAUCCAAAAAGGAAAAGAUCACUGGGCAGUGCUGACUCUUACUUCUAUAAAGACAUAAGCCUAAAAUGACAUUUGAAACUACUUGAUUUUUAACAUGCAGUUGCUGUGAUAUUUCACAUGUGUACUCUUUAAGUUGCACUGUAAACGUGUUUGCACUUCCAUCCAGUUCCUCUUCUCUCUUUAUAAGAUGCACCGGAUUCUGCUUUAAACCUGCCUACUAUCAGCCUCCUUUUAGAGUGUAAAUUGUGACUGAAACUGACUUACAAGAACGAGGUGCAGGUUUUAUAAAACAGAAGUAUGCCAGGGAUGCUAUGUGCAUAACAAAGGAAUGAUUCAUGUGAGGGACAGCUUGUUUACACAAAAGUGUGUGCUACAUGGCACAGGUGUUUCUGAUUUACUGUCCAACACCACUAGUAUUUGCUCCACUGAUCCUUUUUUAGCUCUAGUGCAUAGUUGGUGAAAUAUUAUUCCAAACCGAAAAGGAAGUCGAUGUUACAACACUAAUUUACAUAUUUUUUUCUUAAAGAAAAUGGAUUGACCGUUUUUUAUCCUGGGUACAGCUGAAGGUAUAAUUGGUGUUACACAUUCUUAACAAGCAGUAUUUUUAAAUAGUAGUUCAUACAUUAUGUUUAUUAGUAUGAUUGAUUCCACUUUUAUAAAAGAAACAGACCUACUAAUGCAUCCUGAAUGUAUCACCCGCUUAGGGAUAAGAAAGGGUUAACUCUUGCACAUUUGUAAAUGCUUUACAAAGCAGACCAAUGCUUGCCUUCAUUUUCCUGUUUUUUUUAAAAAACAAAUUUAUUAAUCUUUAAUAAUUAAUGCUGGGGCAAAUAUUUGAAUAUUGGAUGCCCAUGUCCAUAUUCGUUCAUAUAACAGAAUUUACAAAUGACUGCAUCACAAAGACAUCAUGCAAAGAAGACCAGAGCAUGAAUGCCAUAUGAAAUGAACACCCCAGAUUCUGCUAAACAGAUUUUUUAAAUGUUUCUCUCCUUUGUGUGAUACGGGGUACCACUUUUCUUUUUACUCCUGAGAGAUUUUCUUUUUUCUUGUACUACAGUAUGAAUUAUUCCAGUUAAUCCAAUUUGAAAUUAUAGUUGAACAUGAACAAUCCAUGUUUGUUCCAGGACUUUAUAUUAGUGUUGAGAAAAACAUGGAUUUGAAUAUUAUUUUACAAUUCAGAUGAAUGUUCUAAAUAGAUUUAAUUAGCUAAACAUGUAUGUAGCACUAUAUCAUAUAGUAAAUAAUUAUAUCUAGAGUAUUAUAACCCCGUCAGGCAUUCAUCAGUGUUAUACAAUUCAAACAGUGUUGAAUAGAGGAUUAUUCAAAUGUUUGUCCCAGCACUAUAUUAUAUAAAUCAUUUUUAUUUUAUUUUUGCUUUCAAAUGAAAAUAACCCCAUUAUACCUAAGAAUAUGUUCAAAUAAAUGCAAGUACAAUUAAGACAAAUAAUACUUUAAUCACCGGAUGGACAUCAUGAAUGGUCCUUUACAAAAUUAAAUGUGCCCACUACUUACGUUAAUUUUACAAGUAGCAAUUUAAUAUUGAGUCAUGAAGGGAAAACCCUAGCUGUAAAACCAUAAGAAGUUAUCACCUUUAAGACAAAAAACAAGAAAUCACAGUGUUUUAGUUUCUAUAAAUUCACAUUUGUUUGUAUGCCUGUAUAUAUGUAUUUAUUUAUGAAUGAAUGUCUGUGCAUUUAUGUACGCGAGUGUGUGUCUGUUUCCCUCCUCUGUAUGUGUUUUUUGUGGGCUGUAUUUCUAAAGUAAACCAUCAGAUUCCUGUUUAAAUCUUAGCACAGUAGGGGCAUUAUUCACAAAACUUUAAAGAAUGUUUAUUAUGGAUUUUUUUAAGACUGUUUAUGAACAUACUCUAAAAGUCAAAAAGUGCUUUGAAAAAUUACAGUAAACUGAUAAACUCUCGCUAAAACUGUUAAAAAAAAAAAAAGGUUUGUGAAUAGAUUUAUUCAUCAAAAAAAAAAAAAUAACAUAACAUUCCUUAAAAUAUUCCUUUCAGGUUUAUAAUAGGGCCCAAGGUGAUGCCAAAGGUUUCCUUUUAGUAUUACGAAGAAUCAACAGAAAUCCACAUCAAAAUGUGUAGCAUUGUAUGUGCAGUGGACACUAUCCUGUUGAUAAGGUUUGCAUCUGUAUAAAAAAAAGAUAAUUUGCAAGAUAAUGAUGGGCGAGAUGAUCACAUGGAAACUGCUCAAGAUUCACUGUGUUCCAUAUAAAUGUUAAAUAUUCCUAGCCAUACUGUCUUGAAUCUACACCUUUAACAGUGUGCUACUGGACAGUGUGUUCCUUUUAAAGUACACCUGUGCAUUACCAUCACUUCAUAGAGCUCCAGUUUUCCCUUUAUAAAAGACACACACAUUAUGGUAAUUUGAUUUUAAUAAUACUAGGAAAAGCGAUGGUUAGUGAGGAGCUGCUUCUAUGAGCUUUACAAGAACUCCCAAUCCCAGCUGCCUCAUUCUUUGGCCGUCCUCGCUGCUUUUAACAUAUGCCAGGUCUCUGCGUUCCUUCAUGUGACCUGAAGUAAAAUAAGACUGGCAGAUACACAUUUACCAUAAUCUGUGUGUCUUUUACACAGGGAAAUGUAAGACCUAUGAAGUAAUGGUUAUACAUAAUUAAGAUAUACUGGAGGUUUUGUGUUCGCUCUGUGUUGUGUACUGUUUAUAAGUAUUCAUGCUACCAUACUAUCAGCAGUGGCGCUAGAACAAUUAUUAUAGUGGGGUUGCUGAAAGCCAUUGAACAAAACCGUAACUCCGGCUGUAUAUAAUGGAAGCCAUGUAUUUGGUCGCUAUUAUGUUAAACACUUCAAGAAAACGAAGCAUCAACACCUGUUUAUCUAUUUAAGUAAAAAAUAAAAAGCUAACCAUAAAACAUUUAGCAGAAACAAAUCGAAAAGUAUCGCACUGCUAUGAUCCACUUAAAUACUGCAAUUUAGAAAUGUGUGCUGGUAAGAACAGGUUGAACAGCUGUAUAGACUUGCGCUCUGGUGUCAUGCUGGUGAUUUUUUCAUCAGGAAAUGCACAUCUAGCACAUCCACAAUGUAACUGUACGUGGGUUUUUAACAUUGCUUCACAAAGCAGCACCCACAGUUAGCCGCAUUUGUGACCAACUGAUUUUAGCGUGUGGUGCCAAUCAGAAUUUACCAAAAAACCCGAUAUUCUUUUUUGGGCCAUUUUCAAUAACCGCUCUGCUGUAUACAAGCUUCUAAUCCGGUCCAACUACUAACUGACUCUCGUGAGAUCGCAACCGUGUGAUUUAGGAAAUACCCGCCCCUGUUCUGACAGUCAGCACUGAUUGGUCUGUUAUUGUUUGUGUUCAAACACAAUGGAAAAAGCAGUGCUUUGCACACACAGCUCAUAAGAUUCACCAAACUAGCAGGAUUUAUGAUUGUACUUCAAGCCAGGGGGUGCACCCCAAGUCACCACGCCCCUGAAUAUCAGUAAAAACUAGAACUAAGCCAGUUUUAAAACAAUGCAUAGUACUUUAAAUGAAAACAUAUCACGAAAGCAAUGAGAAUCACUCUGAAAGAACCUUGGUGUACAUUAAGAUAUUUAGAAGAUUAAGUAGUAUUUUGGUUUUAAUAAGAACAAAGAAGGUGGGACUGGGGAGGGGGGGGGGGGGGGAGAACUGGUACAGUUAAAAUGCUCUGUCAUUGAAGCGGGUAGCUUCUUGUAAUACUGUUUCAGCACAUUUCUUUCUGGUCUUGUCAAAUCUGGGUGUAUAUACAGUAGUUGUUUACAGCAGUCUUUGUGCAAAAGGGAUCACUGCUUUGUAUAAAGCUGUAAGUUAGUAGGUCUUGAGGUUAGGGUUCACAAUGUGUCCCUAAUGAAAAGGGCAGGCAAGACAUCACUGUUCCAGUAUUUAUUGAAAACAGUAAAACACAUGUAAGCACUUUUUCAAAUGUCUGUUUUGUUACAUAAGUUGGUUUUCUUUAAUUGUAUAUUGUAAAAUGUAUUAUUUGUGUAAUAAAUGCAAUAAAAAAAUGAGCAUAAGGAAUAAAUGCUACACGUAUCACAAACAGUGUUUUGUACAGAUGGGAACCAAGGCAGAAUGAAAAGUACUCUUGUAAAUAAAAAUGUUUUGAAAAUGA